AUGUCCUGCAUCAUCUUGGUGGCGCUCAAGGAACUAUUCCUGCAAGUGAACGACCUGUUCAGACUGUGGUUGUCCUCUCGCCCGGACGCCGUCAUCUGGCUGGUGAGCUGCCUCAUGUCCAUGGUGGUGGACCUGGACUACGGGCUGCUGGCGGGCGUGGUCACCUCCCUGAUGAUGCUGCUGCUUCGCGCCCAACGGCCGCCUACUGCAAGCCUCGGACACGUGCCCUCAACCGACCUCUACCUUGACCUGGACAGGUACCACAAGGCGGUGGCGGUGCCCGGCGUAAAGAUCUUCCAGUUCGGCGGGCCACUCCACUUUGGCAACGCCCCUUACUUCCGCUCCAGCCUCUUCUCCACAACGGGCCUUGACCUCGACGCCCUCAAGGCUACUAACACUUCCACCCCCAAGACGGAGGAGCCGCCUACUGACGCUUCCCUGUACAAGGUGGAAAAAGAAAUGGUUGUCGUUAUAAUCGGGCUUGAAUUAAAGACUACACCGCUCAGCAGUGACAGUGGCGUUAGUCAGGUCACCACGCAGGAAGCCACCAGCGCCUCGCCCUCCACCCCGCGUCUCGCAGAGCGGACUCUGGGGAUGAUGAACGAUGACGCGGCCAGCACCGUAUCAGCCAGCCAAUCGCUCACAGACAUGACAAUGGUUGACGCAGUCAACACCUUCCCCUCCUGCUCCAGACUCACGGACACAGAAGGGACACUGGUGGCCAACAGUGGCGCUGCCAAGGAGUCCACCUGCAUCACGCUGCCGGUGCCCGGCUGGCUGGUGCUCGACUUUACCCUUGUCAGCUUCGUAGACUCGGCGGGCGCCGCCGUCCUGAAGCAGCUGCACCGCGACCUCCAGAUCGCCUGGGUCCAGCUGUGCCUCGCCUCAGCCUCAGACAGGGUACUGCAAGCCCUUGAAAAGUGCGGCGUCCUGCAGGAGAUCACCAGUGACCUGAUCUUCCACUCCAUACAUGACGCAGUGGCAGUCAUCACCUGCACCAAGGCUCACCAGGCCAAGGAUGACCAGCAAAAGUCAUAGUCGACGCUAAACACGGACAAUAACAGCCGCAACAGCACCACCAAUAGAGACAAGAGCCGCCCGACGCGUGCUCGCCGCGUAUAUAGCUGCAGGGGUGCUGGUCGCUGGACAAUGCUCACCCGGAUCCUGGCUGAUCCCCCUCCCUCCC